AUGGAAACAAUCAAACUUGAAUAUGCCAAAUAUAAAGACAUCGUGCAAGGAAACUUUAUAGAUACUUACAAAAAUUUAACAUAUAAGCAUGUAAUGGGUUUACAAUGGGCAACGCAACACUGUUCAAACGUUAAAUUUGUGUUGAAAAUUGACGACGAUAUUUUUGUUAACGUUGAAGAACUAAAAGUUUUAUUAAACAACUUUUCUUCUGAGGUUGACAAGGACUUGAUAGCUUGUAAAGUUAACAAUAACUUGGUGGUGCAGAGAAAUAAAUAUAACAAAUGGUUCGUAAGUAAAGAUGAGUAUGAAAAAGAUAAAUAUCCACAAUAUUGUACUGGUUCUUUCAUAGUGUACAGCCAGGAAAUUGCAUUACGUUUGGUUGCUGCCUCAAAAACCACGCAAUAUAUUUAUGUCGAUGAUUUUUACGUCACGGGUUUAUUAGCAAACAAGUUGAAAGUCAACGUAACUAAUAUACAACACUUGUACAUGAAGUCAACAGACUACUAUGAUGCAGUCUCCAAAGGAUUCAUAGAGAAAACUUAUGUAUUUGGACCUAUUAAUUUCAGUCCACAGUACAUUGAGAGGUUAUGGAUGAUGACUAAAAUGUCAAGAGAUAAAAGGAAAUCAGACGAUACGAAAGGAAAUACCAGUUCAACGGAAUUUAAUAAAUCUACCACAAUCUUAAAUUAUCGGGAAAUUCCUGGAACCACAAAAUACGGUAAAGGAAAGAAUAAAAAAUAUACUGAACUGGCCGUAGAUAUUAUUCAAGGAAUUCCUGAAUUUUAUCCAGUUCACGCAAAAGACGAAAAGACCAGUGAUGGUAUAGUAGUUAAUAUAGAUGAAUUGAAGAAUGUUUUACAGCAUCGUCUUCGAAAUAAAAAUAAGUAUUUAAUAGCGUGCAGACUAAAUACAGAUUUGUUGGUGAAAAGGAGUAAAUCGGACACAUUUUAUGUUAGUAAAGAGGAGUACAGAAGAAAACAUUUUCCCACUUGCUGUAGCGGUUUGUUCAUAAUCUAUAGUCCCGAUUCUGCGGCACGGUUAGUGGAAUCCUCAAGAACUUCACCAUAUUUGUACUUGAACAACGUUUAUGUUACGGGUACAGUGUCAAUGAAAUUGAAAAUAAAUAUAACAGAUAUAAGUGAUUUGACGUUAGAGCAGCAUAGAUUCGAUGAUCUUAUUUACGAUGACGAUGAAAAUUUGGGAAAUUUUCUGUUUGGACCGCAAAGUAUCACUCCUGAUAACAUUAGAACGCUAUGGAAGUUUUUGAAAUAUAUCAAAAAAGACAACAAACCUAUAGAAGAUAACAAAAAGCAAACGGAAAUUAGAAAUACAACUACAUUAAGAAUUUUCAAUGAAGUAGACAGAGAAUUAAUAGCUUGUAAAUUUAACAGUAACUUGAUGGUGCAUAGAAGUAAAUAUAACAAAUGGUUUGUAAGCAGAGAUGAAUAUGAACAAGAUAAAUACCCACAAUAUUGUACUGGGUCUUUCAUAUUGUACAGUCAGAAAAUUGCAUUACGUAUGGUUGCCGCCUCAAAGACCACGCAAUAUAUUCAUGUCGAUGAUUUUUACGUCACAGGUUUAUUAGCAAACAAGUUGAAAGUCAACAUAACUAAUAUAGAACACUUGUACAUAAAGCCUGCAGAGUACAAAGACGCAGACUCUAAAGGAUUCGUAGAGAAAACUUAUGUAUUUGGUCCUAUUAAUUCUAGUCCACAGGACAAUGAGAGGUUAUGGACGUUAACUAAAAUUUCUAGACAUAAAAGGAAAUUGGGCGACGAGAAAAGAAAUAAAAAGUCAACUGAAUUUUCUGAACCUACUACAAUCUCAAAUCAUCAAGGAACUCCUGGAUCCAGAAAGCAUGGUAACGGACAGCAUAGAAAAUCUCAAGGAAUUCCUGAAUUUAGAAAAAAUGAAUCUAAUAUUACAAAUAUGACUCUUUAUCCAGUUCACGCAAAAGACGAAAAAGGCAAAAAUAAAAAAAGCAACGAAAGUGAUGGGAUAAAACCUGGGAAUUAUAACACACUCACAAGACCAAUUAAAGGCAAGCAAAGAGAAACUACAGAUUUAAUGGACAUAUACGUGCCUAUACCUAAGGUGGUUCUAGCGAAGUUUAGAAAAAAGACGAAUGAACGAAACAUGACGAUGCUGAUGUUUAAGAGGCUAGGUACGAUGACAAACAGCACAAAAUUAAAUAAACAGAUAUUUACGAGAAAACGUAUACAACGCUAA